UCCAAGGGGUCGCAGGAUGAAUCUAAGGGGUCUUGAAGGGUCUCUCUUUCCCGUCCUGAUUAACAGUUCAGGAAAGAAGAAAAAUUAUGUUCUGCUGCUCAAAUUUAGAUACCUUUUUUCUAGCUUUUUCUUGUGAAAUUCUGAGGAGUUUUACUUCAUAAGUUUCUUCAUCUUUGGUUGAAUUAAGGGUUGCAAGCAGACAACGCUUCAUUUUGAGGGGUCACCAGCCAAAAAGGAUAGGACUGACUGCUCUAAAUGACAAAAGGGGCACUCUACCAAGAGUUUGAGCUGCAUUUUAGGGUUUGGUUUGGUUAAAUUUUUGUUUCUUGGAAAAAAACUAAUUUAUAAUACAGAGUUCAAUACCUUACUUAACUGAAAAUAGACACAUUUUUCUGCUAAAUCAUGUAUUUUAAAUAAUAUGCACCUUAACUUAUUUGUUUAUUUGUCCUCUACAACUAACAAGUUGUGUCCAUUAAUGAUUAAAUACUGCCCUCAAAUUAAUAGCAAUAUCAUCUUAAUUCCAUUUGUCUAUAUUCCCUCUACCUGUGGUGUUAAAACAGUUUAAUAAAAUUUACAAUUUUUAGUACAAUCUUGGACUGAGAUUCAGGGAUAAACCUCAUGUUUUGGCUGUUAAACACAAUGUUGUGUUAUUUCUCUCAGACAUACAGUUUAUACUGCGAUAAAAGAUUAUUUUGCUGUAAAAAAACCCAAAACAAAACAAAAACUUUGAUGAUACUGCAGAUGUCUUUUGGAAAAUCAGCUUGUCUUCUGGCAACUGGUGCAAAGAACAUGGGCCACAUGUACAAAUUAUUCAUUUUGUGUAAUUUGAGGGUAGGACUCAGUAAAUUGAGAUUGAUUUUAAUUUGAGAAUAUAAAUUUCUAACUUGUGGGAAUUAUAUCUCCUUGUUGCGACAUGGUCUUAAAUGGAUUUGCAUCUGCUUGACUGAAGUGGUCUCGACUGCAGUUCUGCUUCUCAUGUCUUUGCACUUUUUUAUUUCUCUUUUGAUCCUCAGCACCAGCACAACGGGUUUGACUGUGGUCCUCGGUCUCCAGACUCAAGGGAGUACUGACACCAAUAAGGUGUCUAGAGAGGUCUCUAAUAUCAUCAAACAUUCCAAGUACAACUCUGCGUCUAAGGACAACGACAUCGCCCUCCUGGAGCUCAAAUCAACAGUUACUUUCAAUGAGUACAUUCAGCCAGUGUGCCUGGCAGCCUCAGACAGCACUUUCAGCAACGGCUUGAACACCUGGAUCACCGGCUGGAGCAAGAAACCUCAGCCCCAAACAACACUAAUGGAGCUGAAGGUGCCUGUUGUGGGGAACGAACAGUGUAAAAAGGAAGUUACAGGCACAGACAUCACAGACAACAUGAUCUGCGCCGGGUUAAGUGCUGAAAAGAAGGGCUUCUGUGAGGGGGACAUUGGGGGUCCGAUGGUGUUAAAGACAGAAAGUCGCUGGGUCCAGGCUGGAGUCAUGAACUUUGGAAAAGAUUGUCCAAAUCCUAAACUUCCAGGAGUCUCUGCCAGAGUGUCCAAGUAUGAGUCCUGGAUCAAAAGUCAAGUUACCGGCAGCCAGCCAGGCUUCAUCAAAUUCACAUCCACUGACCUCUCUAAGGUGUGUGGUCGGCCUGCGCUCAACACCAGGAUUGUUGGAGGACAGGCGGCCCCUGCAGGUAACUGGCCCUGGCAGGCCAGUGUGCAAAAAACUAAGAAACACAUCUGUGGAGGAUCCCUCAUUAACAAAGAAUGGGUGCUGACGGCUGCUAACUGCUUCUCAAGCACCAGCACAACGGGUUUGACUGUGGUCCUCGGUCGCCAGAAUCAAGAGGGGACCAACUCCAAUGAGGAGUCUCGAGAGGUCACUAAGAUCAUCAAACAUCCCAAGUACAACUCUGAGUCUAAGGACAACGACAUCACCCUCCUGAAGCUCUCCUCACCGGUUACUUUCAAUGACUACAUUCUGCCAGUGUGCCUGGCAGCCUCAGACAGCACUUUCAACAAUGGCGUUAACACCUGGAUCACUGGCUGGGGCGAGAUUGGAUCUGGAAAACCUCUUCCUUCCCCACAAAAACUAAUGGAGGUGGAGGUGCCUGUUGUGGGGAACAAACAGUGUAACUGUGAUUAUGGAGCAGGCAAAAUCACAGACAACAUGAUCUGCGCCGGAUUACGUGCUGGAGGGAAGGACUUCUGUCAGGGGGACUUUGGCGGUCCAAUGGUGUCAAAGACAGGAAAUGUCUGGGUCCAGGCUGGAGUCGUGAGCUUUGGAAAAGGUUGUGCACUGCCUAAAUUCCCAGGAGUCUACAGCAGAGUGUCCAAGUAUGAGUCCUGGAUCAAAAGUCAAGUUACCGGCAGCCAGCCAGGCUUCGUCACCUUCAAGUCCACUGGGACUGACAGUGACCUCAGUGUCACCUGUUCUGCCACCAAGCCUGUCUGCGGUAGCGCCCCAAUGAAUUCACGUAUUUCGGGAGGAAGCUCGGUGGCGAGUGCUGGCAUGUGGCCGUGGAUGGCGAGCCUUCAGAAGAAUGGAAAGCAUGUGUGUGGUGGGACUCUAGUGGCUGUGGACUCAGUGCUGAGCAACGCCAACUGCUUCUCAAGUUCACCUACAGCAUCUGAAUGGACUGUGGUCUUGGGUCGUUUGAAACAGAAUGGAGUCAACUCCUUUGAGGUGAAACUGAAAGUGGAAAAAAUCACCCUAAGCACCCUGACCGGGUCUAAUGUGGCAGUGCUGCAUCUGGCAGCCCGGCCCACCCUGUCCAAGUACAUCCAGCCCAUCUGUCUGGACAAUGGAAAGACCUUCACUGUGGGCUCUAAAUGCUGGGCUGCUGGCUGGAACUCUGGGCGUGGAGGGGAUGAACAAGCUCUGCAGGAGUUCCAGACCUCCAUGGUAAACUGUGGGACCGCAGCAACCAGUGACAACAUUUGUACUGGAUCUUUUACACUGGAGCAGGGUGAUUCUGGGGGUCCGUUGAUGUGUCAAGUAGACAACUCUUGGUACCAGGCAGCCGUGUUGUCAGUCAACAAAAACACCGCCAGUCAAACGCAAGCAGAUCCGGUGAUGGUCUUCACCAAACUGAGCCGCUAUCAGAGCUUCCUGGCUCAGACUGUGGGAGAGUUCUUAUCUCCAGCCUCCAGCGCGGGCUCACCUACUCUCUUCUUCCAUCUUCUUGUCUUCUCUGUGUUCCUCCACCUCACCUUAUAGGAACCUACCUUUACCUCUAAAUAGGUUUACAUGAUGUGAAGGGUACAAAUGAAUGUAAACAUGAGAGACAAUAUAGGCUUAAAGCUGCAUUAAAACAACACCACCAGUUCACUUCUCUACUCUAUUCCAACAAUAAAACAUGACUUGUGUUGUUCAGGUUGGACACACUUCUAUAAUUUGGUUAUGGUUAUCACCUUUUUUUUCUUUUUUUUUUAAGAGAUUCUGGAUGCUAACUACUUUCAGUCUAAAUGAAGGGUAUAAUAUGGGUGUAAAAUGAAGAAUUAUUUAAGUUGCACAUAUUUUUAAUAGUUUUUGGACAACAACGGAGAUCUACAGCACGGGAAUAAGAUAUAUCAGGCUUUGGAUACACAUUUAAUGCUUGUUAGUUAAAUAGUAAAAAAAAAGGUACAUGGUGCAUAUAUAUAGCAAUUUUAUCUGUUCAUUGUUGGUAACUUUCAUGUUUAUACCACAUUCAUGUUUGUUUCAUUUCCUUUCAUUUCUUUAUUUUCACAUAUAAACAUUUUUAAAAGUUAUAUAAUUUGCCAGGGAAUGUGAAGGAGAAUUGCCUAAAAAUCUUCUAGGGGCUAGAAAAGUGGCAUUCUCCAGACAGCAUAUUAGAGGAAAUAAUUACAGCAAUAUGGAAUAGACAAUUUGAAUCCAUCUAUCAAUAAGUUUAGACAUAGUAAAAAAAAAACUAAAAAAAACGGGGACAUAGACAUAGUUUAGCACAACACUUGAUAACUGUAAUGAAUACGUAUACCUUUAUGUUAUAGUUUGGUCUUAUGUUAUACUGCCUUAUAGUCAAAAGCUUAUUUUAAGACUUUAUGAUCUCUGCUUUCUGUAUUCUGGAUAUUGUAAUAAAUCUCUGAAAGACAACUUGCUCUGUUUGAAUUCAUCUUAAAUUUCCACCACUAUUUUUAAUUUUUUGCUCCAGGAGGUGACUUUGCCCAGCCAACUUCAGCUUUCCUACAGCAACAGUAGUGGAUAUGUUAUGUCGACCUUUUGGUAUAAUAGCCACAUAAUGUGACACAAGACCCUGCUGUUAAAUUCUUAUGGCUAUGUCAUUUUAAUUUCCCUACCAGGGAUAAAUACUGUUACUUAAAUGAAUUUAUCUUUAGAUAAUCAAGCGUUUAUGGUGCUCUUUUUUUAUAUUAUUCCAAGAUGUUUUUUAUCUGUGUUACCUCAAGAUUAAUAGUAGGCACUAAUUGUGAAAACUCACAAUGAGGUGGAUUAUUUAGAGUAACUGUUUCUGUAAAGGCACGUUGCUUUUAUGUAUUUCCAAAUGUGUUUUUAAUGCUCCAUGCACCACAAA